AUGAGAGUCAGAAAGCGUACCUCAAAGAGGACCACUACUCGUAUGAGGGAAGGUAUCAAGAAGAAGGCUGCUGCUCAAAACAGAAAGGAAAAAAAACUAGCUAAGAAGGACAUUACAUGGAAGUCUCGGGCUAACAAAGAUCCAGGUAUUCCAGCAAGUUUUCCCUACAAGAAUAGGAUCCUGGAAGCAAUUGAAGAGAAAAAGCGUAUUGAUAAUGAAGAAAAGGAACGCAAGAAACAAGAAAGAUUGGAGGCUAAGAGGCUCGCUCAGGAACAGGGCGAGGAACUAAUGGACGAUAGUUCAGCAGAAGACCAAGAAGACGACGGGAAUGGACUUGCUGCUCUUGUAGAAUCUGCAAGACUUGCUGCCACCGAAUUUGACGGAACAGGCGGAAUGGAUGUAGACGAAGAAGAUAUAGACGUCAAAGAAUACGAUAUUGAUUUCUAUGAUCAAGCUGGAGAGGGUGAAAGUGAAUUGGAAAAGUCUAGGAAGGCGUAUGAUAAAAUUUUUAAAACAGUGGUUGAUGCUGCUGAUGUUGUUUUAUAUGUUUUGGAUGCAAGGGAUCCUGAAGGAACGAGGUCAAGAAGGGUCGAACAGGCUGUUUUGCAAUCACAGGGUAAAAGACUCCUAUUGAUAUUAAAUAAGGUCGAUCUUGUUCCACCACAUGUGUUAGAGCAAUGGUUAGAUUAUUUGAAGUCCAGUUUUCCAACAAUUCCAUUUAAGGCGUCUUCGGGUGCUACAAAUGCUUCUUCGUUUAAUAAAACAUUGUCACAGUCCACUACUGCAUCAAGUCUGUUAGAAUCACUGAAGAAAUAUUCAAAUGACUGUAACUUGAAGCGUUCAAUUGUAGUUGGUGUAAUUGGAUACCCAAAUGUUGGGAAGUCAUCUGUCAUAAACGCUUUGACUCAAAGACGGGGUGGCAAGACUAGAGCUUGUCCAGUUGGAAACCAGCCUGGUAUUACAACUUCUUUGAGGGAAGUUAAGAUUGAUAAUAAAUUAAAGAUUUUGGAUUCCCCAGGUAUUUGCUUUCCAAGUGAUACAGGUAAGAAAAAUAAAACUGAACAAGAAGCCGAAUUGGCUUUGCUCAACGCGCUACCUGCGAAGUAUAUUAUUGACCCAUAUCCAGCUAUUUUGAAGUUAAUUAAAAGACUGUCACAAAGUGAAGAAAUGACAGCAAGCUUUAAGGCCCUGUAUGAAUUACCUCCAAUUCCCGCUAAUGAUGUAGAAACAUUCACAAAACAAUUUUUGAUUCACAUAGCUCGUAAGAGAGGAAGGUUAAGCAAAGGUGGCAUUCCAAACUUGGCUAGUGCAGGCAUUUCUGUCCUUAACGACUGGAGAGACGGAAAGAUUUUGGGAUGGGUUCUUCCAAAUUCAUCGAAGGUAGCCGCUGCCAAAUCCAAACAAUUGGAGCAAAAAACCUCACAUAUUAAACCUGUUAAGGUAUCAAAGGAGGAAGAGCAACCGACUAUUGUUCAGCAAUGGUCAAAAGAAUUCGAUCUUGAUGGCUUAUUUGCUACUUUGGAUAAUGCUCUCAAAGCGGAUAAGAACUCUGUCGGAACCGCCCAAUAA